AUGGCUAUCAACGUGUUUCUCGUCUUCUUCUGCAAUGCCGACCCACGAAUGUUUCGCAGCUAUGCCUGGCUUUACUGCAUAAUCUGUUUUGGCGGUCCAUUGAUCCCGGCAAUUGUUUUGAUCUCCAUUCGCAACUCUCCAAGAGGCCUCAUGUUUGGGGAUGCUACUCUGUGGUGCUGGAUUGGAACCGACUGGAGUUUGGUUCGCCUCUACGCCUACUACAUCCCGAUCUGGAUCUUUUCUUUCCUCUCAAUCAUGAUCUAUAUUGCGGUCGGAUACCAUGUCUUCCAUGCUCGAAAUAUGCUCAGGGACUUGGUGGUCGAUGGAAUGAAGGUUGGAAGGAGUGACAGUAUCCCUUACUCAAGCAGCGAGCACCGAGGUUCCUCUGAAGCGGUAGCCCCUCCCCAUGAUAUCAGCGAGAGUGGAGAUACUGACUCUUAUCCUCAGAAUCUUACGGGUCGUCAGGAGUUCUACGGUACUGCUGUCACGGAAGUUCAGAUCAUACGAGAGGAACCAAGACAGGCAACCCACCAUGGCCUUGCUCAACCUGCUACAGCGCACGCUGGUUCCAACCCUCCACGUAUUCAGUCAUGGGUCUUGCCUGGUUCCUUCGAGCAACUCGAGCGCACUACUUCCGGAAGAGCUCAACGAUUCGAGACGGUCUGUACGUCUGACAGCACUCCGCAGCCAUCUUCGACUUUGAUCACCCGGCUUCGUGCGAUUAAAUCCAACGCUUCCUUGAAGCUCAAGCGACUCGAUCCGGUAAAGAUGGCGUAUCUUCGUACAAGCUUCAUUUUUGGCUUUGCAGUAUUGAUCACCUGGAUUCCGAGCUCAAUCAACCGACUCUACAGCCUGACUCAUGGGGACAGAAUCAGUUUCAGUCUGAGUGUGGCCAGCGGCUGUGUCCUCCCACUCCAAGGUUUCUGGAACACCCUGAUUUACUUUACAACCAGCUGGAAGGUCUUCCGUGAAGAAGUGCGAACAGCCAAAGCGGAGUGGUUCAAACGACCCGAAGAAUGUACAGAUGGGAUCCGCCUUAACAGUCGACUUGGAACUUUCAAGGGAGACUAUCGUGAUACCCUUGAGCGAACUCGACCAGUUCGCGCCGGCUCCACUGAGGAUGCCGAGAAGUCAGUGACAGAGUAA